GCUAAGAUUGAGCUAUACUCAACUCACCACAUUAUAUUCCUCUCUCUCUCUCUCCCUCUCUCUCUCUCUCUUCUGGGCAUAGACACAUACAUACAAUGGCAGAUAUUCUUAGUGAAGAACAGAUUGUUGACUUCAAAGAAGCCUUUGGCUUGUUUGACAAAGAUGGAGAUGGUUGCAUUACUGUUGAGGAACUUGCCACUGUGAUCCGUUCAUUGGAUCAGAACCCAACUGAAGAAGAGCUUCAAGAUAUGAUUACUGAGGUUGAUGCUGAUGGCAAUGGAACCAUUGAAUUUGAUGAGUUCUUAAACUUGAUGGCCAAGAAAAUCAAAGACACUGAUGAUGCAGAGGAGGAACUCAAAGAGGCUUUCAAGGUUUUUGACAAAGAUCAAAAUGGUUUCAUAUCAGCCAGUGAGUUGAGACAUGUAAUGAUAAAUCUAGGUGAAAAGCUAACUGAUGAAGAGGUGGAACAGAUGAUCAAAGAGGCAGAUUUGGAUGGUGAUGGUCAAGUUAACUAUGAUGAAUUUGUCAAGAUGAUGAUGGCCGUUAGAUGAAAUUAAUAAAAUUUCCUCAUCAUAAAUACAUAAUUUUUUUUGUUAUAUUCAAAAUUCAUUUGGCUUUAAUUUAUAGUUUAUUAUUCCGAUUUCCAACCUAGUUUCCCUCACACGAAAAUAAGUUAGUUAGUUAGUUUAAUUUAAUUCAAUUCGUGUGUAUUUUCUGCCUUUACUUGUUGUAGUGGUUUCCUCCCAUGUUGUGAAUGAAUGACCAAGCUUUUAGAGUGACUUCCCCUGCCACAACAAACCUACAUUUCUUUCAUUUGUUCAACUCCAACUUGUAGCUUUUCUUUCAAUUCUAGUUCAGCAUUAUUGUUUA